ACAUAGGAAUAUUUUGUGUUGAUGAAACGCCAUUUCUCCCGCCGUAUAAAAAGUCAGCUGAAAAAUACUAUAUAAUUGAGAUUGCAAACAAUUGCUUAUUAGUUCUUAUCUACGUUGAAUAUUAAUGAGAGAAAUCGAAUUUUUAAAAAUAGAAACUAAGCAACGAAUAAAGAUCACUUUUCAGAAGUAAACAAUUUAACCAGAAUGCCCCAGUGUUUUCAUGUGGUGAAAUGCUACUCUUGUUGGACCUAUCAGGUGCAAAUUGUUAAGAAGGUUAAAAAAUUUCAGUGCAAAAUGUGUGGAGAAAAACAGUCUGUAAAAUUGGUGAUUUUCGAGGGAUCAGCUAAGGAUUGUCGUCAUAUUGCUCAAGAUAAAAACUUGAAAAAAGGUCAAUUAUUUGAAGAGCUCGCCCAAAAAUCUAGCGAAAGUUCAAACGAAUCAGACACAGAUCAAGUAGAAGAAAAGGUUAUUUCCAGUGGAACAUAUGAUUCGCGAAUAGUUUCUGGUGCCUCAAAAUGGGACAAAUAUUUAACAAGCGCUGAGGGUGAAGAGGUUAACCCAUACAAUAAUAUUUCUACUUUUAGACGUGAGAAAAGAGAGUUAGAAAAUGAUGAUGAUUCUUCACCUGAAAGAGUUCAUAAAAAGGUAUCAUUAUGACAAAGAGAAGAAGAGGAGAAAUAUGAUUUUAAUUAAAGAAAGAAAUAUAUAUAAAUAUAUAUAUACUAUAUACUUAAUACUGUAUAUGAUAGUACAUUUUAUUAUUAUAGUCAUUUUUAACAUUAUUAUUUAUUAUAUAGCUAUACGAUAAAUAAUAAAUUCAAAUGAAAAUCUAGG